AUGAAGGCAUUAAGCGUUUUAUGUUUUCACAACCCUUUUAAGAGAUGUCUUGGACAAAAAAGCUUCUUCGUUGGUGAUAGCUUCUUUAUUCCAACUCCGAAACGCCUUGUGCUAGGAAAACUACGCCUUUCCAACUACACUGCAUUUCACGACCUAAUCAUUCACGACCUCUUUAUUUAUAUAUUUAUUCUUAAUUUUUUCUUCUUUCCUUUUUGUAACAAUUUCAAUUAUUGGAAGGUUUUUCACGUUGCUCAACCGAGAAUUUACCAUCACUCCAGACUUGUAAUGAUUCUAAAAGUUUCCCUUGAGUGUGCAGUUUCUUGA